AAGCAACAGGGCUGAAUACCAAUGUGUUAAUUAGUCUCGUUUCGAUUGGUCACGGACGUCGACGUACGCGUAUAAAAGAGUUAAAGUGACGGUCAAGUUCAAAGCACUUCAAUCAUCUUAUUGGAUUUUAAAGGAGUUUAGCGCAAAACCCAAGAUGAGUUCCCGAAGCCUCGCUCCUCUUUCCAGUCAGAACAACAUCAUGGGUUUGGGGAGAGUGGACGCCAUGCGCGCUCACAAGCCCGGCCAAAGGGUCGUACUUGGCGUUUUGAGCGAGAAUGAUCAGCAUAAUCGAGUAUUUGGAGAGGUUCCAUCCAAGUAUGCCCCAGCUUUGCAUGAUUUUCCUGUCAAUAACGCCCGCGUUUGCCAGGCUAAAGUUGAACUUGGCGUCCACGUGGCUGAGCCUGUGAACGCGCGGUCAAGUGAACAACCGAAGUCGUUUUUGCUGGCCUCGGAGCUUCUAUUGCUGGAUGAUGCAGUUAAUGAUGUUGGCUCAGGGUCAUCCUUGGAUGCUUCCAUGGAGUCGCUGCCAGAAGAGGAAGCAGCUUCUCAGGACAUCUUGUGUGUCCCAGAAUAUUCUGAGGACAUCCAUCGAUACCUCCGUGAAUGUGAAAUUAAAUUCAGGCCAAAACCCGGCUAUAUGAGAAAGCAGCCGGACAUAACCAAUUCCAUGAGGGUUAUCCUUGUUGACUGGCUGGUUGAAGUGGGUGAGGAGUACAAGCUGUGCUCGGAGACCCUCUACCUGGCCGUAAAUUACAUGGACCGCUUUCUGUCAUGCAUGUCCGUGCUAAGGGGAAAAUUGCAGCUUGUGGGAACGGCUGCUAUACUCCUGGCUGCGAAAUAUGAGGAGGUGUAUCCUCCAGAGUUGGAUGAGUUCGUGUUCAUCACCGAUGACACCUACACAAAGAAACAGUUGCUUCGGAUGGAGCAGCACCUGCUCCGAGUGCUUGCUUUUGACAUGACGGCCCCCACCACUUUUCAGUUUUUGAUGCAGUACAAUUUGGAAGAGCGUAUCUGUGCCAGGACUGUGAACCUGGCUUUGUAUCUUUCAGAGUUGAGCCUGCUUGAGGUGGAUCCUUUUGUGCAGUAUCUACCAUCCAAGAUUGCUGCUGCAGCUUAUUGUCUGGCCAACUAUACUCUAAAUGGGGCUCUGUGGCCUGAGAACUUGUAUGCCUUUACUGGUUACUCUCUGAGCGUCAUUUGCCCAUGUUUGAAGGAGCUUCACAAGCUCCAUGUUGGUGCAGCUGGUCGACCCCAAAGGGCAAUUCAGGACAAGUUCAAAAGCUCCAAGUAUGGUGGUGUGUCUCUACUUGAACCCGUGGAGACUUUGCCUCUACCGUAGUGCUAUGAUGGUGACCAUAUGGAUUCCUCAAGGCCAAUGAAAUAACUGCAGCGCUUAAUAUUUUGUAAAUACCGAAUGAAAUGUUUUUAAAUGUGACUUUUUAAACUUUAAAAUUGUGAUUUUUAUCAUAGCUUUAUUUUAAAACCUAAGUAACCAAUAAAAUGGCGACUUGUUUUGAGUCUGACAUGCAGUCGGUCUGAUGGCUGUACUUGGACUGAGUAGAGCAAAUUGCUUUUAUCGCUCCCUGCUUUAAUUUUACUUUGUCCUGUAUUUUAAUAUUUUGUACCCAUAUCAUGUGCCUGAUUGUAAUGUAUUGCUUCAAUAAAACGAAACAAGUGCCAA